CUUGCCUUCAUCCGGAUCAGAAUCAGAACUAUUGAUUCACAGGGGCAAACGCACGCGUGCUGUUCGCCUGGAGAACAUGCUUGUUACUGUGCAAUGAAUGGACGGUGUGCCGUGCCCACGUCCCCUCUCCUCGGCGCCACUCGAACCCAUCUUUUCCCCUCAAUGGGUUUACCAAAGUUGCCGUUGUCAGAGAAGGUCGUUUCUGACAGUCAACUAAUGCGACAGCGUCACCAAACUACCCACAUGCACUUUAUGGACGGCCCAGAAGACGAGCCCAUGGUCACUCUAGGGUCCAAACAUUUAUGGGACGAAUUCCAUCAAAUCGGAACUGAGAUGGUCAUAACUAGGUCUGGAAGGAGGAUGUUUCCGCCCUUUAAGGUUAGAGUGGACCGACUGGAUGAACGAGCCAAUUACAUCCUGCUAAUGGACAUUGUUGCUGUCGACGGCUGCCGCUACAAGUUUCACAACUCCCAUUGGUCAGUGGCUGGAAAAGCUGAGCCGGAGGUGCCAAAGCACCUGUACAUUCACCCAGACAGUCCUGCCAGUGGACAACACUGGAUGAGCAAACCUAUAACCUUUCACAAAUUCAAACUCACCAAUAACAUCAUGGAUAAACACGGAUUUACCAUUUUGAAUUCAAUGCACAAGUACCAGCCAAGGCUUCACAUCGUACGAGCUAACCACACGAUGAAGAUUCCAUGCAGCACCUUCCGGACUUACGCUUUCUCUGAGACAGAGUUCAUUGCAGUGACCGCCUACCAGAAUGAAAAGGUGUUGUUCUAUCGUCUUAUCUCCACAACCACACUUACACACACUUACUCACAGCACUAAUCGAGCCAGGGAGGUUUUAAGAGCAUUUCAUUUUCAAUGAGCUGUUAAUGUUUGUUUGUUUUUUAAAAACCUACUUCAUUUACUUACUUACAUUCCCCUGUAAUCUGAUUGGCCACAAUUUUGCUUGAAUAAAAAUAAAACGACAAAAGUAUAGCAAAUUACUAUUGCAGUGUUUUUCAGAGGUGAUAAACACAUUUGGGGUGAAGGGAAAUGUCUGUUAAA